AUGGGUGCUCCUCCGGCUCUCGGCGCCCUGGGCCUCACCUUCACGGCCAUGCGGGGCAUGCAGGCCAUCGCCCUCAUCACCAUCAUUGGCCUGACGUCCAACUUCAUCUCGGAAAUGGUGGCGGCCAGCUACGAGGCGCCCUCUGCCCUCGUCGGCACGCUCGUUGUGUCCUGCCUGGCCGCCGUCUACACGGUCAUUACCUACAUUCUCUACUGGGAUUCGAUGCUCCCGCUGCUCAUCUCGACCGGGGCCGACGGGCUGUGCCUCAUCGCCGUCAUCGUGGUGGCCUGCGUCGUGGGCAAGCCCGUCAGCUACCUCUCGUGCCCAGCCCUGCCGGACAAGGGCAACACGGCCAACUUCAUCCACUCGCUCUUCCUCAACCUCUCGCGCAAGGACUACUUCGAGUGGGUCGACCCGGACAAGGCGUCGUGCUUCGAGAUCAAGGCCGUGUGGGGGCUGAGCAUCUGCCUCUGCAUCCUGUACUUUGUUUCGGCCGUCACCUCGGCCUGCCUGUGGAAGCGCAUCAAGGGCGGCGCCUCGCGGCCCGCGGCCCCCAAGGACUUUGAAUGA